AUGGUGGUCCGCCAGUUCAUCAGAUGGCCAGAGGCCACCCCGAUGUCGGAAGCCACUGCUGACACCUACGCCGAAGCCCUCCUCUCCAGCUGGAUCAGCUAUUUCGGAGUGCUAGAUGGCGUCACAAUGGACCAAGGAACCGGCUGCACCUUGGAACUCUGGACCGCCCUGGCACGCCUGAUGGGGACGAAGCACCACACCACCACGGCCUACAACCCUGCAGCAAACAGCAUGGUGGAAAGGACUCACCACUCCAUCAAGGCCUCCCUGAUGGCCCGCUGCACAGGCCCAGACUGGAAGGUACAACUACCCUGGGUCCUCCUCGGCCUCUGUACCACCCCAAGAGCCAACGGCGACCCAUCACCUGCAGAGAAAGUCUAUGGGGAAACCUUGACAGUGCCAGGUGAAUUCUUCCUGGUCGACAACCAUGACGAGGACCCCUGA